CCUAAAUUACAUAACUCUGAUUUAAAAUGAUAAUCUCAAAUCACAUGUAAUACACUUGGCCUUCGAAAUGUGUUUGCUUAAAACAAUAGUAGGUGAUGGUACUAGAAAGUGGAAAACUCUUGCCUUUCUCUAGCACUAAGUGUGACAACUUUCUCCAACAAACAAUCCUUUCCAAAUUCCGAUUUUCCAUUCUUGCUCACCAGAAACCUCAAAUCAUUCGAAACCAACCAUGUCCAACCUGUCUCUUUCUCCUUCCUCUAUUACCCUUAACCUCCAAAACCCUACUAAACCCCCACCUUAUCUCUCCUUUUCCUCCUCCAUUAAUAGUAGUGCCAUUUUUGCUCCCUUAAAUUCCAAUGCAGUAAAGUUUUCUACUUUCACCCAAAAAACAGUUUUUUCAAGAAGUCUUGCCUUAACAUGUCGCCAUUCUAGUUAUUUUGAACCCCAACAGCAACAACAACAGUUACAGGGGGCAUCCACGCCUAAGGUUUUUGUUGGAUACUCAAUAUACAAAGGGAAGGCAGCUCUUACUGUCGAGCCUCGGUCGCCAGAGUUCUCACCUUUAGAUUCUGGGGCCUUCAAGCUGUCAAGAGAGGGUAUGGUAAUGCUUCAAUUUGCACCCGCGGCUGGUGUUCGUCAAUAUGAUUGGAGUAGAAAGCAGGUCUUCUCACUGUCAGUGACUGAAAUUGGAUCUAUCAUCAGCCUUGGGGCAAAAGAUUCAUGUGAGUUUUUCCAUGAUCCAAACAAAGGAAGAAGUGAUGAAGGUAGAGUUAGGAAAGUGCUGAAGGUUGAGCCACUUCCAGAUGGCUCUGGUCACUUCUUUAAUCUCAGUGUCCAGAACAAACUUAUUAAUUUGGAUGAGAACAUUUACAUCCCUGUUACGAAGGCAGAGUUUGCAGUUCUUGUCUCAGCAUUCAAUUUUGUCGUGCCAUACCUUUUAGGUUGGCACACUGCUGCAAAUUCCUUCAAGCCUGAAGAUACCAGUCGCUCAAACAAUGCUAAUCCAAGAUCAGGUGCCGAACUUGAAUGGAAUCGAUAGUUCUGAUGAGCUAGAGUACGUUGCCUGUGCAAUGAUUGGGGGGCAAGAUGCUCUUUUGGCCCUCGGAUCGACAUUUUGUACGAGCCUCUUUGACUUGUGCCCUCCAGCGAUUUUACAAAGGAGUUCUAAUCGGCGAUAGUAGUAUUAACUCUUUAUGUUAAAUGCUGAUUUGAUGUAGUUGUGUUGUGUUUAGAUGUGUUUAUGACUAGCCAUAUUGCAGUAGAAACCCAUUAAACUGAUGUUGAAUGUGAAAUCAGUCUAGUUUUUGUGAAUGUAUUUGGUCAUCUUCAGGAUUAUGGUGCUAUUAUAAAGACAAAAAAAAAGAGAAAUGUCAGCUUGGCGAAUGAA